AGGCGAUUGAUGCACACGCAGUUUGUCGCUCGACACGUCCUGCACCAUGAGCUGCGACCACAGGUAUCCUUUCCCACAAGUGUUCCUCGUGGAUGGAGGUGGAGGUCCGGUGGAUCCUGCCCAGCCUCCGAGUCUUGUGCCCUGCUGGACCUCGCCUCCUGUCCAGGAGAGGGCGAGGAGCCGUGGGAGGAGUGGGGGCUUCAUGCGCGUCGGCCCCUGUCUGACUUUGGUCGUCCUGCUGCUGUUCCUGCUGGUGUUUGCAGCCCUGGGCUUUGAGGCCUAUCAGAUUUAUAAAAUGAAGACAGAACUGAGGCAGAUGAAACAGGGUGAACCUGUGACAGAGUCUAAUAUGCCUCAAAAGCAAAUCGGUCUCUAUGGACCUGAGCUGCACGACAAAGACAAAGACGACAGGCCUGCAGCACAUGUGAUCGGGCAGAUCCAGAGAGAGACAUUCCAUAAGACUUUGCGAUGGGAACCGAAGGGGGGUCGGGCCUUCUUGUCCGGAGGAGUGACCUACCAGAUUGAGGAUGGCAGCCUGCGGGUCAAUGAGAGCGGAUUGUACCACGUCUGCUCACGGGUGGAGUUGAUCUUUAAGAGCUGCUCAUCCGCUUCCUCGUUCGUUCACUCCGUGUUUGUGAGGAGAGUGGGACACCCGUCACCUAUCACCCUGAUGGAGGCCCACAGAGACGGCCUCUGCCCUCAGCAGCUGAAUCAGCCCUGGACCUCUGACAGUUUCCUGGCCUCUGCCCUGAAGCUGCAGAAAUACGACAGAGUGCUUGUGAACGUUUCGCAACCCAGAUAUCUCAGCCACGAACAUUAUGCCAACUUCUUUGGUCUCUAUAAGAUAUGAAGGGUUUGUGCUGAUGGGCUUAGUUUUUUAGUCAAUGACAGAAUGUAAACAGUGGAAAACAAAUAUUGCGCCUUAUGUAAAUGUUGACACUAAGAUGCUGAUUUAUUUGUAGCAUUUGUAAAAUAUUUAUUUUGGUGUGGAUCUGACAAUCGUUAAAAAAUGAUUUUAAGUAUUGUUUUUUAAUAAAUAAAGAGAUUAUUUAAGUUAACG